AUGGACCCACAACUCGGGAGCACAGCUAACACGAAUCGAGUGUACUUCAUACCUGCUUGCAUUAUGAAAUACAAAUGUGUUUUGGACCAGAUUUCUUCAGUACUGAGUCAAAACCCUGCCUUGGCUGAUCAAAACUGCUUCCACAUUAUAAUAGUACCUAAAGUACUUACCACAUAUGACUCAGUGUUAGAAAGUAAAGGAUUGUAUGGAAUUGUGAAGCUCCAUACAUUUUCAUGGGAGCUCAUGGCUUUAGAUGAGCAACUACUUAGUUUAGAACUCCCUUUCCUCUUCAAGCAGUUAUUUGUUGAACAAAAUCAUUCCUUACUCUCCAGUAUAUCCAUGUCACUAUGGAGUAUGUUCCAUGUUACUGGGAAGCCUAGAGCUAUAUUCUCUGUUGGUAAAUUAUCUGCAAGUGUGCUGGACAUGUUGGAGAUCUACAAUGAAACUUAUGCAAGAGACUUCCUUGAUACUCACAGUUCUAAAGAAAUUGGAGCUUUGAUUGUUAUUGAUAGAAACCAAGACUAUGCAUCCAGUCUGCUCACCCCAGCUACAUAUAGUGGUUUAUUGAGUGAAUUAUUUAACAUACAUUGUGGGCAUUUAGACUUAAAUGUAAAAGAAACCAAAUUGAAGAAAGGAAAAUUGAAUUUUGGUGCAGAAGAGGAAGCAGCGACUUCCAAAAAUACAGUCAUGACAUUAGAUAGUAAUAUAGAUACUUUGUAUGGAGAAAUUAAACAUAGGCACUUCUCAGAAGUCCUCAGUGUUCUCAGUUCUAAAGCCAAGCUUUUGAAGAAUGAGGACAUUAAAGCAUUAGGGAUACAGGAAAUCAAGCAGUUUGUUGCAACUAAACUGCAACAAGUGUCACUCUUCAAACAGAAUCUAGUUAACCACGUGCUUGCUUGUGAAACUAUAAUUUCUGAAAUGAGUAACAAGUUUGAGAAUCUGAAGCUAGCUGAAACUGAGAUGUUGAACAAUAGAAAUAAGAAGUCAAACUUUACAUUUGUUGAUGAGAACUUUGGCACAGAUAUACAUAUUUACAACAGCUUGCGACUCAUGUGCUUGCUCAGUUUGACCCAGUCACUAACUUAUGAUGAAUACAAUGCUCUAAUAAGCAAGUACUUAUUGGCUUUUGGAUACAAGUACCUGUAUGUUUUCAACAAUCUCAUAAAUGCCGGUUUAUUGAUUCAGCCCUCAAGUCCAAAAUUGUCUUUGAACAUUUCAAAUCUUGGGAAUCUAAGUGACAGAUUACCGAAAUGGCAGAAUGAGUUUCAGAGUGUAGCUAACAAGUUGAAGCAGCUUCCAUCUCAGGCUGAUAAGGUUGGUAAAGCGUGCCCAAGUUAUGUGUUCCAUGGUGGGUAUGUGCCAUUGAUUGCAGUGCUCUGUAAUGCUUUACUGACAUCUGACACAUUUGCUGAUGCCUUAGCAAAGUUGUCAGCUGUAUCAGACUUGCGAGUUGGUGGUACAAUCCUAGAAAAAUUCAAGGAUGGCAUAGAAACUUUGAAUGAAAAGUUAUCAAACUUAAAGUUACAAAGUGACUUGGAAUUUGGUUGCAGAGAUGUUAGAGGUUUAGCUAAGACAUUGAAAAAUGAGCCUAAUAAAGGGGCAUGUUUUCCUUUGAAGCCUAAAACUGUGUUGGUUUACGUUAUUGGUGGUGUGAACUAUGCAGAGGUAGCAGCUUGUGAUGUGAUACAGACUAAUACGGGCAGUAAGAUAAUAGUGGCUAGUGAUUGUAUAGCCAGUGGGGCCGACUUGAUGGCUGCUAAUACUUGA